AUGGCUACAGUUAUACAAAAACCAACUAUUAUUGUUUCUACUGAUAUUAAUAAAAAUCAAGAGAUUAAUAUUACAAAUGAUGAAAAUAAUAUAACAAUUGAAGAAAAACAUCAUGAUAAAGAAGACAUCAUCACUACAAAUUCUGAUCCAAUUAUUGCAUGCGAAGCACUUCGUCAACAAAAUAAUGCACUUCGACAGGAACUUCAUGAUAUACGACAAGAAAUGGACGAGAUUACAGAUCAAUUUCGUACAGAAGAUGCGGAAGAAUUUAAACAAUUACAAGCAGAACUUGAAGUGGCUGCUAAAAAUUGUCGAAUUCUUCAAUUUAAAUUACAAAAAAUUCAACAAAUUAUUCGUGAUAAUAAUCGAGCUCGUGAUUUCGAUGAAGAAUUACUUAUUGCUAAAGAAGUCAGUGUUCGAUUACAUAGUGAACUUGAAAAAAGUGAAGAAUCAAGAUUAAUAACUGAAAAACUUAAUUUGGCACUUAAACAAAAUUUAGAUACACUUAAAGAAUCUCUUGAUCAACAAUUAAUUAAAGAUACUAAUGAUGAUUAUCCUUUAUGGCAAUUAUCUAUUUAUUUAUAUGAAUCAUUAUUUCGUGAAUAUAUUCUUAUGGAAGAAUUAUCAUGGUUAAAUGCGAAGAAUUUUAAUUCAAAAAAUUCUUCUAAUUCAAAUGAUAAUAAUAAUAAUAAUAAUAAUAAUGGAAAUGAUUUAACAGAUUUAAUGCAUACAUAUCAACAAAAAAUUUCUCUUCUUAAUAAUGAAAUAUCAAAUCUUAAACAAGAUAUAAAUAAUCGUGAUAAAGAAUUAUCACAAUUACGUGUACAAUAUAAAAUAUUAAAACAACGUAGUAGAAGUGCUGAUAGAAAUUCAAAUUUAUCAGAUGAUGAAAAUAAUAAUAAUCGAUCAAAACGUGGUGUUAGUGUUGAUGGUGGAGAAAAUUUACGUGAACAACUUGAUGCAUCAAUGGAUGAAAUACGUUUAUUAAAAAAUAAAUUAUUAAGAUCGGAAGAUGAAUUAAAUAAUGCUACAUUAGAAAAAGAAAGUUUAUUAGCUAAAAUUGAUGAACAAUCUAAACAAGGAGUUGAUGAUACAAUUAAUAAAAAUCUUCAAAUAUUUAUCAAUAAAAUUGAAACUUUAACAACAUUUAUUAAAGAAAAUAAAAUCAAUGAAAAAAUUGUCAAUGAUUUACAACAAAUAUUACGUUCAUCUCGAUGGAAUAAACAAUUAACAGAAGAACAAAUUCAAACUCAAUCAACUGUUAAUAAAACAAUGGAACAAACAUCUGAAAUAAUUCAACAAGCGAAUGAACUUUUUACUCUCGUACAAAAUAAAGAAGAUAUACUUGAAAAAAUUCGUUAUCGUUUAAUAAAUUUAACAUAUGAAACAAAUGAUACAAGUAGUUUAUUAGAAGAAUUUGAUAAAAUAAAAACAAGUUUCGACGAAAAACAACAAAAUUUUAAUCAAUUACAAAAAUCAUUUGAUAAUCUUCAAAAUUCAUCAAAAAAAUUAGAAGAACAACUUCAAAUACAAAUAAAUAAAAAUCAAACAUUCGAAAAAACAUAUGAACAACAAAAUUUAAUUAAUAAUGAAUUACAACAAGAAAAUACUCGUUUAUCAACAUUAAAUGCUAAACAAUUACAAGAUUUAAAACAUCUGGAACAAUUACGUCAAUCAAUAUUAACAUUUGAAAAAAAACUUGAUCAAAAACAAACACGUGUUAAUGAAUUAUCAAUGAAAAUUAUUGAAAAAGAAGAUAUUAUUGAAACAAAAGUUAAAGAAUGUCAAAAACAUCGUUUAGAAUUACGUGAACUUGAAACAAAAUAUUAUACAUUAGGAAAACAAUUAGAAGAACAAAUUAUAGCUAUGACUAAAGAAAUUGAAAAACUUAAUGUUGAAAAAGAAAUGCUUAAAUUUGAUCUUGAAUCAAUACGUUUAAAUCAAAAAAAUGAUCGUCCCACAUCAGCAAAAUCAAUAAUUGAAGAUGAAAUUGCUCGUGUUAAAUCAGAAUGUUAUCAACAAAUAAUUGAUGCAGAAAUAGAAUCUUAUAAACUUCGUUUAAAUCAAUCAAAUAAUGAAAAAGAUGAAUUAGUAAAAACAAUAAAAGAAUUCGAGAAAAAAUAUAAAGAAUUACAAAUAAAAUAUGAUGUUAAUGAACAAGCAUGGACACGACUAAAAACCGAUAUGUCUGAUAAACAACGCAAAUAUGAUGAAAGUAUUAAAUUAAAAUCCGAAUUACAAAAUGCUGUUGAUCGUCUACGUCAGAAAUUAUACGAUCUUGAAAUUCAUUCACAAGAAAAACAAAAUAAAUAUACUAUUGAUAAACAACAAUGGGAAAUUGAACGAGUUGAAUUAGUCGGCAAAAUAAAUGAAUUAGAAGAACAAUUAUCUAAAGUAACAAAACGUCAACGAAAAGAUCUUGAAACAACUUGGAAAAAAGAACGAAAUGAUUUACAAAAACAACUUCAACAAUCACAACAAUCAUUAAAAGAUAUACAAAAACAAAUCGUUAAUCGAGAAUCUCCUAGUCAUUUAACAGAAAAAAUUAAUAUUCUAAUGACAGAAAAUGAAUUAUUAUUAAAUAAAAUAAAUGAACUUGAAAAUAUUGUUGAUGAUGUUCAAUUACUUAAAACAGAAAUGCAACGUUUACGUGAUAAAAAUUCAUCUGAUUGGAAUUAUUGGAGAAAACAACAAAGUGAUUUAUAUGCACAAUUACGACAACAACAAUUUAUCAAAGAAUCAAUUAUAAAUAAAUUUGAUCGAUUACAAAAACAGGUUCGAUCUGGUAGUGAUGCUGAUCGUCUUGUUCGUGAUGUUAGUAUUGGUCCAAUAUCUCUCAAUAGUUUUCAUAAUGAAACAGCAAUCAAAACAAGUUUAUUAAGUUCAAGUCAUGAAUCAUUAAUUGAUGAUAUUGAACUUCCACAUGGAACAAUCGAUGGACGAACAGUUAGUGCAAAUGAAAUAGCUGGUACUAUCAAUGAUUCAACAUUAAUAUCAGUAUCAAAUAUUGAUAAUGAUAAACAACAAUUAUUACAAAAAACUUAUUCAGCUCAGGAAAAGACAGCAACUAGUCUUGAAGAGAUUACAGUUAAAAUUGAACGUGUUGAAGAUAGUCUAUUUUCCUAUCGACGAUUUAUGGAUUUUAUUCGAGCUAAAUCUGAAAAAAGUGCAUCUGUUGUACGUGAUGAUAGUUUAACUAAUAUCGUUAAUCAAUCAUCAAGUUCGGUAAAUAAUAAACGAUUAGCUUCUGCACCACCAGAAAAUUUUAAUCAACGAACACAACGACGUUCACGUUUUGAUGCUAAUACAAAUAAUAGUCAGGAACAUAUAUCAUCAUCAUCAUUCAAUGAAAAUAUUUCAACAGAUUUAUUAUCAAAUUCAAUUAUAUCACCAACAUCAAAUUCAAAAAAUCGAUUUUUUUCAUUAAGUCGUCGUUUUCGUUUUCGUACACAAUCACCAGAAAAAAAUUCAACAACUGUUCAUUUUCUUGAUGAAGAUAUUGAUUUAGAAACAAAAGAACCAACAAUAAAAAAAUCCGAUAAACCAUCUAAAGGAAUAUUAAAAUCAUUAAGACAUCGAUCACCAUUUCGUUUUCGUUCUAAAGAUGCUGUUAUUAUUGAACAAGAACCAUCACCACCACCGCCACCACCAUCUCCACCACCACCACCAAAAGAAACUAAACAAAAACUAUCUGUACCAUCAUCAACUAAACAUCGUGGUCGAUUUAUUGAAUUAAAAAAGACAACAACAAAAACAUCAUCAUCAAAUGCUGCAUCACGAAAAACUGUUAAUGUAACACCUAUUAAUGAUACAUCAGCUUCAUCAUUAAUACGACGUACAUCAGGAUUAAAAGAUCUUAUUCAUAAAUUUGAAGUCGUACCACCAAAACCAAAACGAAUUACAAUAGAUAAUGCAUCUUUAACAGAAAUAAAUCAAGAUGAGAAAAUAAAUUCUGAUGAUUCAAUUGAUGAUCAACAACGAACUUCAACUAAAACGAUCGAUAUUCCCGAUCUAUUACAAAAUGUUGAAAAAGAACCAUCAACAACAUUAACUAAACCAAUAUUAAGACAUUCAAAUUCAAAUAAACAAACAGCUUCAUUUGAUUCAGCAGCAAGUAUGAUUAGUGCAACUGAAUCAGUAGCUACAACAAGUAGUGGUACACGAAAACCAACAUCAACAGCACGUCCUCUAAUGCUUUCUGUUAACAAAGAGGAAUCAUCGUAG